CGUGUAGAAAUGAGCUUCAAAUGUCCGCUUUGUGAUAUGCCCAUCGAGUCGCAGGAAAAGCUGCACCAACACAUCAAGGUCACCCAUAGUCAUUACUACUACGAUACGUAUCUGUUUCCGCCGGAAAUGCUGUUCCCGGGCGCAUCGGCGAGCACCACGGCCAAUGUGGAGGGCGUCAUAAGCAACGAGCCGCUCUCCACCCCGGAAGUGACUAUUGAACCGACGGAGGAGGAAUGCUGUUCGUGCUGUGCGUUCGACGAGUCCGGUGGUGACUGUGGGUUUUGCGACUGCGAGGACGAUGGACAGGGCGAGUGCGAUGACUGUCUGGUGAUGUAA